UGUGUGUGUGUGUGUGUGUGUCGAGGCUAGGACGCCAUUUAGAUUGUUUUUGUAACGACCAAACAUAGACGUUCUCAUGCCAGACAUCAAUUCAGACGUCAUACUAUUUCAAACAGUUAUUCAAAAACGUUGAUCUAUUAUAUUUUUAAAGGUUGUAAUAAUUUGGCACAGAAUCGAAAUUUCUAAAGAAGACGAUGAAUUGUUUAAAAGCAGUUAUUUUAUUAUGGACCUGCAUCAUAGCUUUCCAUUCAUUAGUGACGGCUUUCGAGAUGGAAGGUAAGGAAAUAAGUGGAGUAGUAGUAAACACUUGUGGAGGAUUGCUUAAAACUAUUGAAGUAGACUUUGUUUAUAUACGUUUUGAAAAAACCCAGCUACUCUUUGAUGUGAUCUACAAGACUCCAUUAGCUAAAACUGGACCACCAGUACAUUUAAGAAUAACUUAUGAUAGAACGCCGUGUAAUGAACAGCAUGAAAUUCAAAAACUCAAACUCCCCGUAAAGUUCCCAAAAUAAUGGAGUAAUACAGUAUCCAGAUAGGCGUUAACAGUCAAGCAAUUACAAUUCAAUCAAUCACUGCAAGAUCACAAAGAAAGGUCAUGGAAAUUAUAAAAUGUUUAAAUAAUUAUUUACAUUAACAUAUUUAUUAUGUUCAGUUUUAAACUUCUGUAUUGCUAAGUAAUAUAAUAUUUGUUUUGGGUUA